AUUGCUUCUUCUCACAUUCCUUAUCUCUCUCUCUCUCACGUAAUCAACUUUCUCUCUCUGUGCUUUAUUUUUAGCCGCUAAAAAAAUGGUUGACCAGAAGAAGUUCGCUCUGUUUCUAGCGACUCCUGAUUCAGAGUUCGUGAAGAAAGCAUACGGAGGGUACCACAACGUGUUCGUGGAGACGUUUGGAGAUGAAGGAGAACACUGGGACUCGUUUAGGGUCGUUGAAGGCGAGUUUCCUGACGAGAAAGAUCUUGACAAGUACGAUGGUUUUGUUAUUAGUGGAAGCUCUCAUGACUCUUUUGAGAAUGAUCCUUGGAUCCUUAAGCUAUGUGAGAUCGUCAAGAAACUUGAUGAGAUGAAGAAGAAAGUUCUUGGCAUCUGCUUCGGUCACCAGAUCAUAGCCAGAGUAAGAGGAGGAACAGUUGGAAGAGCAAGGAAAGGACCAGAGCUAAAACUUGGAAACAUAACCAUCGUUAAGGAUGCGAUCACACCAGGAAGCUACUUCGGAAACGAGAUUCCAGACAGCAUAGCCAUCAUAAAACUACACCAGGACGAAGUUUUGGUGUUGCCUGAAGGUGCCAAAGUACUAGCUUAUUCAGACAAGUACGAGGUGGAGAUGUUCUCCAUAGAGGAUCAUUUAUUCUGUAUUCAAGGACAUCCAGAAUAUAACAAAGAGAUUCUCUUUGAGAUUGUAGAUCGUGUUCUUCGUCUUGGCUUCAUCAAGCAAGAAAUGGCUGAUGCGGCAAAGGCCACGAUGGAUGGUAAAGGAGCUGACAGGAAAUAUUUGGAGACUAUUUGCAAGAACUUUCUCAAAGGCAGAGUUCCAGCUAACUAGUUGUUAUACAUUUGUCUCUCGUUAUAUUGGAACAUUUAUGGAUUUAUGAUCUUGCAUUAUUCCUAUUUAAAGUAUAACCUAUUAAUCUCAAACGUGACAUAUUUAUUUAUGUUUAGUUUGAUUGAAUCGAAUCUUUCAUGUUUUACAUUUCUUGAUCAUUGGCGUAAAGAGAAUUAUCUUCUUGAAC